GGUUGCGAUUGGCUUUAAAGCGGCCGACCUGCCGCGUGCACCCGCUGCGGCAAAAGGCUAGCGUCUCGGGCAAGAUGGCUGCUAAAAGUUUUGCUUCCCGUCUCGGAGGGUCCCGGCGCUUUUUGAGAGGCUUCGUGGCCGGAGCUGUCGCGGGCGCUGCAAGCACUGGCCUCGUGGUGGUGCAGUUCCUCCGGAGUCGGGACGCGGAGCCUGCGGUGGUGGUGAGGGAGCCGGACGGUUCUUCGGAAAGGGCUGUCUUGGAACAAUUUGGAUUCCCUUUAACUGGAACAGAGACGAGGUGUUACACUAACCAUGCCUUGUCUUAUGAUCAAUCAAAGCGGGUGCCUAGAUGGGUUCUUGAACACAUAUCCAAGAGCAAGAUAAUGGGUGAUGCAGACAGAAAACAUUGUAAAUUCAAGCCGGAUCCCAACAUCCCUCCAGCCUUCAGUGCCUUCAACGAGGACUAUGUUGGCAGUGGGUGGUCCCGAGGCCACAUGGCUCCAGCAGGAGAUAACAAAUUCUCAACUAAAGCCAUGGCUGAAACCUUUUACCUCUCUAACAUUGUGCCUCAGAAUUUUGAUAAUAAUGCUGGAUAUUGGAACAGAAUAGAAAUGUACUGUCGAGAACUGACAGAGAGGUUUGAGGAUGUUUGGAUCGUGUCUGGACCGCUGACCUUACCUCAGACUGGAAGUGAUGGAAAGAAAACAGUUAGUUACCAGGUGAUCGGCGAGGACAACGUGGCGGUCCCCUCCCACCUGUUCAAGGUGAUCCUGGCACGCAGAAGCGCGGGGUCUGCUGAGCCCCUGGCCCUCGGGGCCUUCGUGGUGCCCAACAAGGCCAUUGGCUUCCAGCCCCAGUUAAGUGAGUUCCAGGUGAGCCUGCAGGACCUGGAGAAGCUGUCGGGACUGGUGUUCUUCCCGCAGCUGGAUAGAACCAGUGACGUCAGGGACAUCUGCUCGGUGGACACCUGUAAGCUCCUGGACUUCCGGGAGUUCACCCUGUACCUGAGCACAAGAAAGGUUGAGGGGGCGCGAUCGGUAGUCAGACUGGAAAAGGUCAUGGAAAAUCUUCGGAACGCGGGCAUCGAGCCCGACGAGUACUUCAUGACUCGCUAUGAGAAGAAACUGGAAGAACUCCGAGCUCAGGAGCGGUCAAGCGUCCUGGGGGAGAAGCCGUCGGGCGUCCCGGAGGCGAAGCCCUCAUAGUUCUCGUCUCAGAAGCGUGUCGUGGUCUCUAAGGAAGCGGGGGUGGCCUCUUUGGGAUACUGUGUUUUAGCGACUCUUGUUCUUAAAAUGGUGGAAUCCUAAAUUUCAGACCAGAUUUCUCCCCAAAAGGUGAACGAUGUCAGAUUUUUCGGCUGGCAUAGUAUUUGACACGGGAAGUGAUUAUAUAAGGAAGCUGUUACCACCUGCAGAUCAUGGGCUGGUCUUGCAUCCGGUUAACAGGAGGGCUGUGUCUGCUGGAUAGGUCCCUUCGGAGGUAUUGGAUGUGAAGGUGUGACAUUUUCUGUCUCCAGAUCGGACCGUGUCUUUGUAUCUGCUCAGCCUUCUUGGAGCCCGGUAUUAUUUACAUGUUUUCGUUAACUAAGACGUGAGUUGGUCUUAAAUGCCUCUUGAGUUGGUCUGAUGCCUCUAUGCAUUAUGCUGACCACAUGUGUUGUAUAUUUCUCUCUUGUUCCUCCUCUCGUGGACCCGCUGUUUCUCCUCUUCUGUCAUGUAGAAGCCCCCAGCAUGUACGUUUUCUGCUCACCUAGUGGGUCGUGUAUACAAAGCUCAGUGCUUUCCAUGUAUUAUCCUGAUACUGCCCUCUGAGGGAGAUGGCACUGUCCUCGUUUUACCCACGAGGAAGCUGAGACUUGGGGAGCUUAGGUGUUCUGCCCAAAGUUCAUCUUCCCAAAGAAGUAAUCCACAAGGAAAGAGGCACCCAACACGGGGUAUGUUAAAGUCUUCUCUGACACAGAGGCUUUUGACUUAGAAAAUAGUUCUUCCAUGGGUGUCUAUGACCCUGGGGCCUGUUUGGUAAGACGGUCUGGUUUCUUGUCUGCCAUCCAGCCAAAGAGACUUGAAUGUCCUCUGAUUUGAACCCUCCUUAGUUCUUUGGGAAGAAAUAGUCACAGGUGAUUGACUGUGAGCAGUCAGUGCUUUCUGGGGUUUAUCAGAGUCCCUACUUGCCUUCAGAAAUGCGGUUCUUCUAGUGACUGGCUGGUGCCAAAUCCAUGUGUUUUGCUUUCCAGAUGGGCCUUUUAUUCCUGAGAUUGAGGGACCUAUGAAGGGUCUGUGCCCGCAGAGUCACCAACUUGUGGCCUGAGCACCUUUGUGCUUGCUUGUCUACGUGGAUGGCAGAGGGCAGGUGGUUGGGCCAAUGACCCAAAGACAGCUAGCUCUAGGGGAAGCAGUAGCUGUGUUUCUGAGCCAGGCCUCUAGUUUGGGAUUUAUGUGGGAUCCUUUCAUGGGCUGUCAUCAGCGUAGGCAGUAAAAUAUCUUAAAGUAGCAUACAGGCACUUGUCUGACUGUGUCCCAUCACUGCUGUCUUUCCAAGCGGUGCUACCAGAACAGUUUUGGUGGUGUUGAUGUGUGUAUCUCCAGCAGAAAUGCCAAGAUGUUAAGAUAAAGGCACGAGGGAUUUCCCUGGUGGUUGAGCGGUUGAGGAUCUGCCUGCCAGUGCAGGGGACAUGAGUUCAGUCCCUGGUCUUGGAAGAUGCCACGUGCCAUGGAGCAGCGAAGUCUGUGUGCACAUCGUGAGCCUGUGCUCUGCGGGGAGAGGCCUCCGCAACGAGGAGCCCGCACACGGCAACGAGGGGUAGCCCCCUCUCACCGCAGCAAAGACUCAGCACAGCCAAGAAUAAAUAAAAUUAUGUUAAAGGAAAAGAUAAAGGUAAGAUGAUGAUGGUAGAUCUUGUUCUGCUUUAUUUGGGUAAAAAAGAAAGAAGUUGGGAGGGUCAGAAUACCCCAGCCUGAUUAAUACCGGCCUCUCUUAACACACUGUUGCCCAUUAGCUUGUGCCUCUUUUUCUUCUCAGGGAGAAAGAGCCAAAAUGUCACUGUGAAACCAAAAAAACAUCUGUUACUUUCCUCAUCAGAGAGGUGAAAGGAUCUGGGUGUUUCUCCAGGAGCCCGAGGGCGGCUCUGGGGGAGAGGUCCUGCUGCCCCUCUUCAGGGGUGAGCCCCCAUCCGAUGUUCCCUGGGCCCGUCACCGUGCUGUCCUCCCACGGGAAUUUCCAUCAGACGUGGGGUUAUUUCCAUGCCAUUCUCACUCCUGUGUCUUCACCUGGAGUGGCAGAGAAUCUUGAUUUUUAGAUCCGUCCAGUGUUCUAACACGUUUUAGAACGUAAUGAGAAAAUGCUAAAAAUUUUCUAAUUAGAAAAUUAGUCAUUAGAAAACGUGUUAGAAGAUGCUACCUGGUUGUUGUGGAAUAUAGAGAUAGCUCCUCAUACUAAAUGCAUGUAAAUAUAUAAAAUGUGUUGUCUCCCAGCCCUCAUUUUGGUAUGUAAGAGUUGUGUUGGUAUACCACAAGUGAUGCCUGAAUGUUUUCUCCACACUUCCAUUAAGAGUCCCUCCAAGACAAACUUUGAAACGUAAGUGCUGGGUGGAGCUCAGGACUUGCCUCUGAAUCAGAUCACUUCCGCCUGCCCCGUGGGACAGCUGAGAACUGGGGCUCAGACGCAGCAGGGCCCCAGGCCAGGCGUGUCCACCUCACUACUACCCUGAGCCGAUCACCAUCCAGCCCUCCUCGGCUCCUGUGAGUUUUUGGGCUCCUGUACCUGGGGCUCUGCCUUCCACCCCAAUACACCCAGGGAGCCCCUGGUGCUGCCAGGGGAGAAGGACCAGGCUGGGGUCUCUGCUGCUGAGAGCCCCCGCUGGGGGUGAGGGACUCACUCCCUAAUCUCUCUCCACUCACAGUGACAUCUUUAUUUCGAGGCUUCAGGCUCUUUGGUCUGUGGAUUGAGACUGUUUCACCAGUAUCGGGUGUGACAAGGGGGACCUUACGAAAGUGGCCAAGGUAGGAUGGGCGUGCGAGCCCCUUAAAUGCCUGCCAGCGCCUCUGGCCUCGGGCCUCGAUCUUCACACUGAAAACCUCCGUCCCUCCUUCAGGACUUAGACUGGAGCCCAGCAGGAGAGGCAGAGUCUGAUCUUGAGGGAGUGGCUUCCUACGGGGCCGGGCUCAGCCUGCAGCCCUGCUCUAGGAGUGACCGUGAGUACCCCGCGUGCUCCCUGCCCUCAUCCUCGUGAGCCCAUGUCUGUCGCUGGUGUCAGCGUGGUGAAUCUCGAUUUCCCAUCAGCAGCCUGGCCCGACCGGGGCCUGCUGUGUGUUCCCUGCUCAUCCCACGUCCACUGUGUCUGCCCUUCCCCUUUAUGGGCCCUCAGUCUCCUCCUUGAUGGGUUCUCUGAUUCAUUCUGGGGGAGCUGGUGAGGGCUGGCCUCACAUCAGCCAUGGGACCCCUGCGCUUGCCUGUCUCCAUGCCCAGCCUCUCCAUCCGGCCGCUGUGCUGGAUGUUGUCAUGGAGACGACCUAUCACGGGAUACCAUAGGCCCCCCACGUCUAGGGACCGACCCUUAGGUCAGAGGGCUGACCGGAUGCCCUGCACUCUGUAUAAUUUGGGGCAGGGGAGAUUGGAUGGUUGAUUGGUGGUUGGAUGGGCUUUUUUCAUGUUCCUGAACUUGACAGUUUGGCCAAGGACUGGUUUGCUCUGAGACCACAGCACCUUUAGGGAUCACUGUGACCUAAUGCAUUUGAGUUAAUUUCAAGCCUUCAGAGAAGUUACAAGUACAGUGAAUGUCCUCUCCCUUGAUACUGUGUCUCAUUUGCAUUCUUUUCUUGAACCAUUUAAAAUUGUAUUAAAAAAAAAGUUGUAGGCACAGGACUUUCUCUUUUUUAAUUGAAGCAUAGUUGAUUUACAGUGUUGCAUUAAUUUGUACUGUACAGCUGAGUAAUUCAGCUACAUACACACACAUUUUUUAUAUUCUUUUCUAUUAUAGUUUAUCAUAGAUACUUAAUAUAGUUCUCUGUGCUAUGCGGUAGGACGUUGUUUAUCCAUUCAGUAUAUAAUAGCUUACAUCUGCUAACCCCGCUUUAUCCUUCCCCCAGCGUCCUCCCCACUGGCAACCACAGGUCUGUUCUCUGUGUCUGUGAGUCUGUUUCUGCCUCAUAGGCUUUUUUGCGUUGUCUUUUAGCUUCCACAUAGAAAUGAUAUCAUGUGGUGGUGGUUUUCCCAUUCUGAUUUAUUUCACUUAGUAUGAUAAUCUCUAGUUGCAUCCAGGUUGCUGCUGAUGGCAUUACCUUGUUCUUUUUUAUGACUGAGCAGUGUUCUGUCAUACAUGCACCACAUCUUUAUCCGUUUCUCUGCUGAGGGACAUUUGGGUUCUUUCUGUGUCUUGGCUGUUCUGAGUAGUGCUGAAUGGAAUAUUGGGGUGCGUGUAUUGUUUCAAAUUUUGGUUUUCUCUGCAUAUGGUGUGCCUUUGGUUUUGCCAGCAAGUGUUUGACACAAUGACAAGCGCUUCUUCAUUUUGAUUCCAUCUAGUAGCCUCCUAGGGAAAAUUCUGGGAGACUGGUCAAUCUGUAAACCUGCAAAUAAGGAAAAGAUAACCAACAUCAUGUGGUCACAGUAUUCUUUAGGUGGAGAAAAUUGGUUGAAACCGUUUUUAAAUUCCAAAACUGAUCCUUUCUGCAAGUACAAUUAGAGAAAACUGACUUGAUUAAACAGAACACUGACCCCUGAGAGAACAAAAAUAUUCUUAGCAGAAAACUUGAAGUAAACUCUUGCCAUGUCCUUGAAGUACAAACACAGCCCACUUUGCCUGGGACUUCAGCCUUGAGUUUAAUUGUUAGAACUUCAAGUCAAAGGGGGAAAAAGGAGGGAAGAAAAAGGAUCCUUUUAAAAUCAAAUGUGCAAAUUUGACUAUUGUGACUAUUAUUCAUAAACUGAUCAAUUUAAGUGCAGUGACUGAGUCAAGAAAUACAAAAACAUUUUUAAAAAAUGAGAUCUCUGGAUGUAUUUAUGUCAGAGUAUGUGUCUGAAUAAUGUUGCUGAAGUUAAUUUGUACAUGAGCUCUAUUUAAUUGGCUUAAAGAAAAGUAUUUACAAAUGAAAUCUGCAAUUACCUACUUUUGCAAGAGGGAAACUAAGGAUAGUUGUGUUCAUUAGACUCAUGUCUUGUACCACUUUGAGAAAAGAAAUUGUAGUUUGAAAAAAAUGCCUGUUUUUAGAGGUUACAGAAUAUGCUGUUAAGUUUGCUGAUGCCAAUAUGACAGAUAAUUCAUAGUUGCUUUCUUCUUUGUUCUCACUAGAGAGUAAGGUUAUUUUUUUUUUUUUAGGCGUUGAAAAUUAUGAUAUUAAAGCUACUAAAAUGGGAAGAGAACCAUAAUAAGUGUGUAAAGCAUGUACGAGAUGCAUUACCAGCAAAAGAAGGUAUAAGGACUGGAGAUAUUUUUGUUGAGGGAAAAAUAUGACAAUUUUGUCCUACAAGUUGGUGGUGGUUUCUGGAUGGAAAAAAGAAGGGAAGAAUACGAUUCCAGAAAGUGAUAAAAAGGGUUGUGAAAAAAGGUACUUCAAGAAAAGAGUUUUCUGUGUUGUUAAGGAUGAUCCCCUCAUUGUCAGGCUUCUGCCAUUCAGAUGACCCUUAUAGCAUGGAAAUGGUUUACUCCUAAGGCAGGGUAUUUAACAUUAAUAAACAAUAGCUGUGAAUUAAAAAACCAGGGCUGUGGGAAACCCAGGAGGGCCACUUGGCUUUUCCUGGCUCCCCGACAAGCCUCAUCUUCAUCUGAUGGGUUAUAGCUUUCCAUCAUGCAGGGAUGGUCCUGUCACAGUGAAAAGGAAAAGGUUAGAAAAUGUGUUUCGCGCUUGGAGUGUAGUUUCUGGAAGUUCCAGUGACCAAGACACUCACAGGACAGGUCAUACAGUCCUUAAAAAUGUCACAAACUUUUUGAAAUUGUCACUGUCAGUAGCAUCCUCAGUCAUCAGGCAAGGUCAACAAAGCUAAUGGGAAAACUGGACUCAAACAGAACAAAGAUUAAUUGUAUGAGAUUAAGUGAACUGCUCAAUAUGAUUGUGAUCUUUACGAUUUGUUUGACGUACUUCUGGCUACUAAUCUUUGUUUUUCAAAUACAGAAAAGCUCCUUUUCUCAAGCUACUUGUGAGUUACAACAAUAUGGUAAUUUACACCUAUGGGUAAAAUUAAAAUAUUUUGGUUUUGUCUCUACCUGCUUCCUCCAGAAACUGGAGGAACUCUUAGCAACCUUAUCAGGUGAAUGAAAAAGACUCGCUUGUCAUCUGUAGGAAUCUAGAUAUUAUUGGGACCUGGAAAAAAGACAGAUGUACUGUCUAUAGAUAUCAUAGGCAGAAUCUGAAGGCAAGCCAUUGGCAUGGCUUUCCUGGCCUUGAGAGGCCUUCAGAAGUUCAAUGUCAGAUUCCUACUGAAAAGUUCCAGUGCACCCAAUUGUGAAGAGCCUAGGGAUUUACCUGGUGGUCCAGUGGUUAAGACUGUGUGCUUCCCCUGCAGGAAGCAUGGGUUCAGUCCCUGGUCAGGGGACUAAGAUGUCACAAGCCACACAGUGCAGCAUAAUAAAUAAAAGCCUAUAAGCAAUUAAAUUUAUAUAAGUAACCAGGCCAAGUGUAUUGAAACCAAACUUACUUUGAACAAAUCAGCCUGGGUUUAGUAAAAAUGAAGAUAAUCUAGAGAGAAAAAUUGUAUUUCAGUUGUAUACACGUGUUGAUAUUGCAGUUCUGUAUUUACUGCGGCUUUGUAUUUAUUAUCUAUGUCCAAAAUGGCUCUUUAUUGCUAUAUUAUAUACAGUUUAUCUAAACUAGUAAAAGAGUGUUUUAAGCUUGUUUCCAAAGCCAGUCAUAGUCAUCUCUCUUUGGAUGGAGAUCAGAUGGAUGGAGAUCAGAUGCCAUGUGACCUACAACUAAGGGGUUAUGCACACUGGAAAAUACCUGAUUGAAAGGACGAAUUAAAGGACCCUUACCAGGUACCCUUCACUAGCGUAUGUACAACAGAACUGAAUGAAAUUGACUUUUGAAAAGAUUGCUGACCCCAAAUGACACCCACGCCAAAGUGAAAGGAAGACAAUACCAGUAGAAAAACAGCUGACCUUAAACUUUUAUCUGGACCAGGCCUGUAAGAACCAUCCAACUAUCCCAAUCGCACUGUUUACCAAAUGUUUGCCUCCCUAUCAAAAGGGAAAGUUACUGUUUUACUUCUGACCCCAAUAUUCAGGGUGAAAAAAGAAACCUCUUA